AGAUAGAGUGUGCAGGCUUCACAUCAGAACAAGACAACCUAUAGGCUAAAUAUUACAGAUACAAUUAAAUAAUGCUCCUCUUACUCUUUGUCACUGUUUGUGGAAGUAGCAUCGGCGUGGAGAGCGUCCCAUUGCCCGACUCUGGUCCACAUUUGGCAAAUGACUGGGGAGAAGCCGUCCGGUUCCGACAUCUGUAUGCAGCCAGGCACGGUUUACAUCUGCAAAUAAACGCAGACGGGGAAAUAAGUGGAUCGUACAUGCAAAGUUCGGACAGUUUGGUUGAGAUACGGCCGGUGGAUACGGGCUGUGUUGCCAUUAAAGGGGUUGCAAGCUCCCGAUUUCUCUGCAUGGACAGAAUGGGAAAAUUGUAUGGAUCGCACACUUACACCAAGAAGGGCUGCUCCUUUUUGGAACGCAUCAUGCCAGAUGGCUACAACAUCUACAUCUCAAGUAAACAUGGAGCCCUUGUGAAUUUGGGUGGUGCUGAAAGCAAGUUGCACAAUAACGACAGGACUGCUGCAUCUCAGUUCCUGCCCAUGGUCAACACACUUUCUCAGGAACCUACCAACUACCGUUCAGGGGAACAACACUUUCCCAUUGACCCUGAACAGGACCAUCAGUUGGGCCUUGAAAUAGACAGUAUGGACCCUUUUGGAAAGAUCUCUCAAAUUGUGAUCCAGAGUCCCAGUUUCAACAAAAGAUGAGGAGUGAACAAUCACUUGUGAAUGUUCUACGGAAACGACCCAGAGGUCGACUGUAUAAAAUCAGUCCUGCCAUAAACCAGAACACAGGGCCAGACUUUCAGAAAGAGACAAUGUUAGAAAGUCCAGUGAAAGCAAACGUCACACUGGACACAGUCACGGGACAAAUGUAGUGUUAUGGACAGAAAA